AUGAUUAGAAUCAGUAUCAGAUUGGAAGAAUAUCGAAUGAUAUUAACAGCAAUUUAUCAAUGUGAAGAAACAAAAGAUCUACCGAUCAAGUUUAAUGUACAUUUGAGUAAAAAGUCAUCUAAUAUAACCGAAAUCAGAGGGAAUUUAACGUAUACAAUGCCAUUUGAUGAUUCUACAGUAUGGGAUGUAAACAUUGCUUCUUGGAGUUUAACUGGCGGUUGGAAACCAAAUUCUAUUGUUUAUGUCACUAAUAAUGGCUGUUCUAAAUUGAGAAAUAUUCUUGGAAAUGCAUGGGAUUACGUAAGUAAAGGUUUUCAAAUACCAACAGCGAACUGCCCUCAGCCAACGGGUAUUUUUAAAUCAUCAGGACUCGACACAACAUUUAUUAAAGACAACAAUUUUCCUAAAAUGUAUUUUUAUGGAAAAUAUAAAUAUGUGGGUAAGCUAAAAAACAAAAAUAAUAAGCUACUUGGUUGUUUAGUUAUUGAGUUUAAUCUUGUACGGCCAUGGGAAUCGAUUUUAUGA